AUGUCGCAGGCACCCAGCAUCCACAACCCCGCUACCGCUGACGGCUGGCAUGGCGUCAUCCCCAGCGCUCAAUUCCCCGCCGAGAAAGGACGCUACCACCUCUACAUUGGACUCUUCUGCCCCUUCGCCCACCGAGCCAAUUUCGUCCGCCACUUGAAAGGUCUGACGGAUUUCAUCAAAGUCAGCAUAGUCAAGCCUUAUCCGAAAGGCGACGCGAACGGCUGGCCAGGAUGGCGUCUCCCUGACUCAGAUGACGAGUAUCCUGGCGCAACAGUUGAUCACCUCUUCGGAGAAGACUACUUACAUAAAAUUUAUUUCCGCGCUGAUCCGGACUAUAAGGGUCGAUACUCUGUUCCUCUAUUGUGGGAUACAAAGACCGGGACUGCUGUCUGCAAUGAAAGUGCUGAGCUUCUUCGCUGGCUCCCGACAGCCUUUAAUGAGCUUCUUCCGCCAAAAAUCGCCUCUAUCGAUCUUUACCCGUCUCACUUGCGAACCCAGAUCGAUGCCAUCUCGACCUGGAUGCAGUCGGAUGUCAACACGGGCGUCUAUAAAGCAGGAUUUGCGCCCUCGCAAGAGAUCUACGACAAAAAUGUUGUCCCAGUCUUUGGCGCUUUGAACAAGCUCGAAAAUAUUGUUGCACAGCAUGGUGGUCCGUUCGUGCUAGGAAAGGAGAUGACAGAGCUGGAUAUUCGGUUGUAUGCGACCCUGAUCCGUUUCGAUACGGUCUAUGUCCAGCAUUUCAAGUGCAAUUUGGGUACCAUUCGCCACGAUUACCCUGUUUUGAAUAAUUGGUUGAAGGGGAUGUACUGGGAUGUUGAAGCGGCGAGGGCAUCGACUAACUUUAAACAUAUCAAGGAAAACUAUACCAAGAGUCAUUCGGAUGUCAACCCGAAAGCAAUUACACCAAUGGGUCCAUUUCCUGAUGUUGAGGAGGGCGUGGAGAGGGAUUGGGCUAGGUUAACGCCGGGAGGUGUUAAACAUCCUGCUGUGUUGGCUUAUCAGAACACUUUACCUAAUGUCUAG